AUGACCAACGUCAAAUCACUUCGUUCGGCACUAGUUCCUUGGCUUCGAAUAGUCAUUGCCUUGUUUUUCAUUGGUGUCAUAUUCGCUCUUGUACUGAAUGUCUUACAAGUUCAACGUAAUGUAGCCGCUUUUUCGCGAGACGUCCUGUCAGGCCUCGCUUUGUUUGGCCUAUCAAUGUCUACUUGGUGGAUGCUGCCAUCAUAUGGUACUGGUGCUGUAUUGAUUGGAUUGGCAUUUCCUUGUGCAGAUCAUCAUUUAGGUGAAUCUCCUAAAAUCAAGAACGAGUGGACAAGUAUAAUGCGUUGUACUGCUUUAUGGAUAGGAAUUAAUCACGCUGCCGCUACACUUAAUUUUUCAACACCUGCUCAGCUAACAUUCUGGGUAUCGGCAAUGUCACUUUGUUUGUGGUGGUUAUACGAUCGCACUCGAACUGGUCUUUUCUUGGCCAUGCUAUCGGCUGUUGUUGCUACGGGCUUUAAUCAAAUUUUAGUCUCAAAUGGUGUCUUUAGUUACAAUGAGCCAGAUUUGUUAUCUGUCAAGUCUUGGCUACCGUCGAUUUAUUUCUCAGGUGGACUUACAAUUGGAAAUAUUGGGAGACAACUUGUUGUGUAUGAAGAUUUAUACAAGCCUCAUCAAGAUUAAACUUGAAUUAAAUCUCAAAUUGUAUCAUAGCUCAUUUUUGUAAAGUGACUUGCUUAUACUCUAUAUUGUCCUGGACUGGACAUAAGACUCCUACUAAAAUCUUUGUAAUAAUGCGGAGAAAAUGGCCGUAUUAUAUUGACUGUAAAUGAACUUUUACUGAUAUCAUUCUAGUCCAUGCAGUGCAUGCCUAGCAAUGCAAAUGUAGCGUUUCACUACUAAAUCC